AAAAAGCCAAGCUCGGGAGUUUCUUCACUCGCUGGUGACGUGAAAGAUUUGCUACGUACAGCAAGCACCAUGAGUACGGGCCAUUCAACUUCCAAUUAAGGAUAAAGAAAUCUUAUAAAAAUCUUCGAAUGAGAGAAUAAGAAAGUUAUCAAGAUUUUGUUUGGUUCAUGCCAAAUUAAAUAUUCUCUAUACUGGAUGGAGAUUUAGAACCUCGUUGGCUCGAAGAAAAACCACAUAUCAAAACUGUCGUUUUGAUAUAGAGUACUAGGUACUGUAUCGAAAAUUUCUCUAUUCCAGGAUUACAGAGUCACUGGCUUGUUGAGGCUAUUCGCAUAUAAAAAAGCAAUUUAAGAAAAUUCACAGAAAGUGGCGUAAAUCGCGGCAUUCAGUUAGAACAGCUCAACAGUCAAAAGUAAAAAGCACUUAUCUCGCUUUCAAUCCUAAUUACUUUCUUUCCUGUUUGCAACUAUGGAGGAUUACGAUGAUAUGGACGAUUUCGAGUUUGAGGAAGAGGUUGAUAUCGAAGAAGAAGAAGAAGGUGAGGGAGAUGAAGAGGCAGAAGGCAUUGGAAUGAUUGAGGAGAACGAAGAUGAAGAUGGGGAUUAUGAUUACGAUGACGAAGAAGAACAAUCUGCUCCAAUAUACACAAUUCCUCCAAGGGAAAUUGUCGCUGUUGAGCAUCCAUUGAUCGUAAAGAACCUUGAAAACGGCAUCAAAACUUUUGGACGUCAACCACAAUGGAACAAGGUAGGUAGAAUUUAUCCGUCUGUGUUCUGCGAUCCGCAUGGCAUAUGAAAGUCAUCCCGUGACAGGAGCAUCAUUUUAAACUAAUAACUAUAACAGAUCCUUGAGGGUACUGAAGAUGAGUGUAUUCCACUUUUCCUUCGAACUAAAGAUCCCACAUGCGAACCGAUUUUAUCCUACAAUAGUAUCACCAAUAAUGUUCUCCUUAAGAUCACCGUACCGAAGUGUACUGGUAGAAAGCGAAAGCGUGGGUCUCAAGAUCCUUAUACCGAUGAUGGACGUCCAGCGUCUGAGUCUACCAUAGGCCAAAAUGCGUUGGGCGAUAUUCGAUCACACUCUUUGAAUGAUAAACCUGCCAGCAUACUCAGAAAGCUACGAGACAAUGUUGGUAAAUACACUGUCGAGGCUGCAGGAGCAAUCGAACAGAGUCAUCGCUAUAGAGGUGAUUACUUUCCUCUCUUGUAAUGAUAAUGGUACUAACAGAUUCAGGACUUUCCGACUAUCAUCAAUCCACAUCUCAUGCACCCUUCAUGUCACAUUUCAAAGAAACUGCAUUUUCCGCCAACUGUAAGUGCCAUAGACUCAAUUCUUUCAGAAACGUGCUGAUCCUUAUUAGGGGGUAAGAUGCGGGAAUUCAAGCUGGGUACUGACAAGGGCUGGAAACCAAAUGAAGAGAUUAUUCCUCCACCAACAUUCACUCAUCAUCCGUUACCUUUCAAUUGGGGAUAUCGUCAAAAUCCUUUAAUCUCAACCGAAGUGGAUGCUGAGACAGGAGAAACAAGUAUAGUGAACCGCUCGAAAAUGCCAAAACUCGAAAUGCAGUAUGUACAUUGCGACGAAGACGAAGACGUGCCAACCAAGCCGUUCCGUGCAGUCCCAGAUGAUCCUGUUCUCAAAGACUUUGUGACUGCACUUCAACAAGCAAUGAACGAACGUCCAAUCUGGACUCGUCGAGCAUUACAAAAUCGUCUCGCCAACGAGCCAGGGUAUUAUUUGAUGAAACCGGCGCUCCAAUAUGUGGGUUACCAAUUUCGAAGUGGUCCUUGGCGUGAUGCCCUCAUAAGAUACGGAGUUGAUCCACGUAAAGAUCCAUCCUGUCGUAUCUACCAAACUAUUUUCUUUAAGCUGUACGAAGAAGAUGAGCGUGCUCCUGAUGGUCAAUGGAAAGACAUGCGGAGUCAAUACACAAAACAUCAAGUUUUCGGCACAGGAGAUUGUCCAUCACAUAUGUUCAAUGGCACCUCUCUGACGCUCGACGGGAAAGUGUGGCAAAUUUGCGACAUAACAGAUCCCCUUCUUGUUCCUAUUAUACAAACUGCACCUAUGGCUAAGGCAUAUGAUAAUAAUCAUGAUGGAUACUAUAAUAAUGGUACGCUCGCUAAGAUUCGAGCUAUCAUGAAAACCAAGUUGAUUGCCAUUCGCAGCAACAAAGUGGUCCCCGAAAAUGCUUUUGAUGUGGCAUUAAGCAUACCAGAUUACGUCGAAGGAAAGGAUGGAAAGAAAGUACACGUUCCAGUACCGGAUAUGCGCUUGACUGACGAAGAGAUUGAGAAAUUAAGAGAAAAGGGUAUCAUUAGUGGAAUGAGCGGAAAAGGAGUGAGGCAUCUAGAUUCAAGGUCGAAAAGAAAGAAAUAUAGGAAGGGUGGUGGCAAGUUGCCAACAGGGACUAAAAGAGCGAAGCAAUACGGAAUGAUGAAAGGACCAUCGACUUCAAAGCCUAAAACCUCAGUCUCUGUACCAAAGCCUCGAACGAAGGACACAGCUACCUCUCCUGACAAUGAUGUUACGCCAGAUGUUACGGGUGUAGGCGCAACAGGAGAUAUAUCCACGGAAGACACUACGAAGAUGAUGGAUGAUACGUGGGUAGACACAGUAGAAGGAGGAGGAGGAGAAAUCGAAGCGGAAGUGGGAGAGGAAGGAGACGAGGAAGCAGAAGAGAAUGGGGAAGAGUUAGUAGAAGCAGAAUUAGGAUCUGAGAACGAAAGUACAGGUUCGGAAGAUGAAUCGGAGGCUGAGAAGGAAAAGGAAAUGUUUAUUAAGAAUUAUGAAGCAAGAAAGGUGGCUGGUUCAAAUGAUCACUGAAUUGGGACAUGGCUAGGUAUGUGUUGGAGAGGAGAAGUGUAUGGCCACGAGUUCCGAAUUGAUCGAUAUAAAGAGAGGAUUGUAGUAUUACAUUUUAUUUCGUUCUUUUGUGACUUACAAAUCAAGAUGUGAUAUCAAAAUAAC